AUGCCUACCCCACUACAAUUUUCGCCGAACCCUCACCAACAGGCCCAUACCCACCACCACAACAUCCACCACCCCCAGCAGCACCACCACCACCACCACCACCAGCAGGCGCAGCAACAGCAGGAUCAGCAUGCGGUUCUCAUGAACUCAAGUCCCAAACAGCAGCAACACCUCAUGCCUACACCUACAUCUGAGUUGGGCAACCAGUUUGAUGAACAACCACAGAACAUGGAAGACAAGGCUCUCAUUCCCCAGAAACGCUACGAAAACAUCCGCGCCGUUCUGCGCGACCCCAAAUGCACCACAAUUGAGUCCGCUCAGUUCAGAUUUUGGGCCAAGAAGAUGUUCCGUCUGGUGCAGCAGGAGGAUGGCUACAAUGACGUUGUUUGCCACGAGGGCAAGCCGGUUGCCGUGCGGGAAGACCUGUACCACGUCUUGACAACCUCUCACGGACAGGCGCAGCACGGUGGACGUGAUAAGACCUCUGCUCAGGGUACAAAGGAACUCAUUGCACGUUUUGUGCGCAACUGCCCUAGCUGCACUCUCCGCCGUAGCAGCCCCCUCGAGUUCUCUGCUGCUAGCAACGCGAAUCGCAUGAGCCAGCAGACGAUGGAAUCUUGUGCACCUUAUCUCACUAGCCCAGCCAGUUCCACCGGGAGCCCUCCUCAGAGGCACGUCAUGAACUCGCCUUCAAACAGCAGCACCUCUUCAAUGAGCCAGUUCCAGCAGGUGGUUUCCUCAGCUGCCUCUUCACCUCUUAAUGCCCCGUCAAGCCAGGACAGCUACGGAUAUUCAUUUCCUUCGGUAGUAAAUAUGCCAUUGGACCCCGCGCAUGUACACAACACCCAGUCCUAA